UACUUUUUUUAAUUAACGGUGGCCGUUUAACGAAAUAGGGCAACGCUGAUUAUUCGAAAACAAUAUUUUUAUCGUCAGCACUGCUGAAGUGAAGUAUGGGCUUGCAAAAUAGACCGAACUAAAAUUCCGUUUCCCCAUUAAAGAAAUAGAGACUAAAUUGGAGUAAUAGUAGACAAUGUGCUUCAAAAAUUUCUGCAGCAGGAAGGUAUUUAUCAAGCUAAAUUUUUCCUUUCUUUCUGAACUGUCAAAUAAGACAUAAGCUUUGAAAUAUGUAAGAGAUCUCCUUGUUCCACUAUUUUACGUAACGAACUAACGAUUAUGUCGUACAUAUGCCAUCUAGAAAACAGGAAAUAGUGUAGAUAUUUUGGUUUCUGUAGCAGAGAUAGAGCAAAAAGGAAAAAUCUUGAGAAAUGUGAAACAUGUGUUUGAUGAUCAAAUCACUCAUACCAAUUCGCGAAUUCUUUUCACUACCACAGGAAUUCGUACAUAUGUAUUCGUGGUUGUACUUUUGAUUAAAUGCAAAAAAAAAACACACAAUGUUGGAAACUGAUCAGCUUCUUACUGCAGACUUCUAAAUAUCAUAUUCUUUCGUGCACGCCCUGUGGCCUCGAACGUGUGGUUACGAAUUUUGGUUAGGGAGAAAGCCAUUUGAAUAAUGUCUAAAUUUUACAAAAAAAAAAGUAAUCUCGUGGAAAGCUAAAUUUUUGCUCUAGGGUCUUUCUCUUUCAUUCCUGCGUUUCAAACACAUCGCGCUAUUCGUGCAUCUAUUUUUCCGAAUUUUAUUGACGAGCUUUAGAAAUGUAAAGUAAAUGUUCAACAGUUAAAACGUCGUGUUCAACUGCUGUUAUUGCUAUUGUACAGAAAAGUCAAAACAGCUGCUAUGGGUUUACUAUUAUAAACUGGUCCAUUAGGAGCUAUACAGCACCAGCAAUUAAAGGGAAAAAAAGUUGUAUAGAAUAUUCUUGGCAUACUUUCUACUUUGACCAGCGCUACUGUACAGACAGCCGAAGACCAAUUGUCUUCGGAGGCGCGUCAGCUGGCCACAGGAAAUUCUUCCUGUAUAGUAUUUCUUAUAAUUUAAUGAGGAAAAAAGGGAACACGUAUUCCCACGAUUCACAUUAUACCAUGAGGUUGGUAUCUCUUUCACUUGAAAUCGACUACCGUCACCACAAAUUCCUUUCAACAAUCACUACUAUUGCGAAAGUUAAAUAUUGUGCAUUGGUAACCAGAAAAUAAUACAAAGUAGGAAGUGAAGACUUUCAUACCUUUGUUGUCGAUGCUCAGUCAAAAGAAAGCUAUAUAUAGGAGAUAGGAAACGCGAUUAUUGAAACAGUUCCAACGACGACUCGAGAAACGUCUACUUCUUUUUAGUUUCCUCCGUGUUUUCGAAUUCAAUUAAGUUUUCUCAGUUUCUUCGACCAUUUCAUCAUAACAAAUCGAUCUCGAGGAGAUGGCGGUUAUUAAACUGCUUGGAUUAUUGCUCACCUUGCAAUUCAUGAUGAAUACUGUGUCAACAGCUGGGAUUAAGAGUAGACAAUUGGAUAUACCCGCUUUCAAAGCAUUCUUUUCCCAGAUCCAGUCGCAUUUAGUGAGCGAUAAGGAUCAAGGAUCAACAGGUACCGGUGCUGUUUCAGUUAAAAUUGAAGGACUCAAUCCACCACCCGCUGUUAGCUCUGAUUGGGGGGCUAAUAGCACGUUUGUAAAGAACGCAAACAUGGUUGCUGGAAAUGAUUCCAAAUUCGGAGUAAGUGUAAUCCGAGAUUCAGAAACAUUUAACAGAAAUUUACAUCGUCAAAACGACGGUAACAUGAAAGGGGUGCCAGUAGUGGAAGGCUCACGACCAGAAUCGGAUUUCAGAUCCAUUUCAAGCAGUUCUCACGGAUCGUUUGUGCUCAACCAUAAACGACCUGCUAGUCCUGUUAUCCAAACUGGCAAUUCUCUUGGCGGAAAAUCAGAGCCUUCGCCCUUUCAUUCCCACCAACCGGCACCUAUUCAACCAUUAAAAAGCCAUCCAACCCCUCAGCACUCUCCCCAAACCACAGCCAAUCAAGCGGCUUUUACUCGUGCGGUGCCAUUCCAAGGACCCACUAACGUUCGUGCUACCCCUACAGUAAAUGCGGCAAGUAAUGACUGGAUUCCGAUUUCUCAACCCAUCGGAUCACCAAUUACCACUUCGUAUUCCCAACUGUCGACCAGUAGACCAACCAGCUCUAACGGCCCAAUCUUUGAAGAUACAGCUGAUAAUUUUGACCCAUUCACGUUUAAUAAUGGAAACUCGAACAAAGAGGAAAAAGAAAGCAAAACCAUUGACUCGACCGCCUCUAAUGACACUAAUGAUGUGGUUGACAAUCACAGUGAUCCCAGCUUCUUAACAGGGUUUAGAUUGAAAAAUCCUGAAAUGCAAGAGCCGCUCUAUGGUCAAGUGGUCUCUCCUCCUCAGAAUUAUGCUCCUGUAAGGAAGCCACUUACUAAGCAUACAUACAAGUCUCCGCAUCCUUUAAACAUAAAUCAAAUUAUCGCCGAAGCAGUGGAUCAUAAACCACCAAUCCAACAACAACAAAAACAACAACAACAACAACAACCCUUAUACAAGUCCAGCAAACCGUCGAUCAAAGGAAAAUUAAAAUCUAACCUUCAUUCCACUUUUGGAGUACCGGAAAAAAGUCUUAAAGCAAAUAAAGAUAUUCAUAAUAUGGGAAACCAAUUCCCAUAUCCACCGAUAAAAACAGAUCCAUCGUUCCGAUCCUUUGGACUUUUCAAGGGCCCUUCCAACGAUCCUCAAUCGCCAGUUCAGAAUAACUUUGAUGACGGUCUUAGGGAUGAUGUCGGUGUGGUCAGCUCGUUUAGCUACUUCCGCAAUCAGGGACCCGAAGCACCUGGGUCCAAAGGCUUUGACCAAGCUUUCAACGUUCAUGCCGGAAGGAACAUCGCGAAACAAUUCAAGCAACACAUGUUUGACCAAACCGGUUUCCCUGGAAAGAUUCAGUAAAGCCCGAUGGAUCAAAAGUACAGGAUCGAUGCAGGAAAAUAAUAGCGCUAAAUCUGAGAAAACCCAGAUCGGAAAAAAAAAAAAAAAAAAAAAAAACAUAUUGCCUUCAACGAUUUUACGGAACAAUUUAAAUUACAGGGACUUGAGAGAGCUGAGUAUAAAAAAAAAUGUUACAGUUGGAGAUAAUCGCUGUUAAUCGUUAAACACCUUGUGUACCUUACUAAUUGGAAAAAUGGCUGCGCCUUGAAAUGAAUUAGUAAAUUUGUCAUUUCUCUCAAGGGUUUGCUGUUCAAAUAUAUUGUUUUUAUGCAAAA